AUGAACCCGGAAAUCGACCUUGAAGCCAUCAAUGAUGGCACCAACGAUGAUCACGCUUCUCAAACACAGUUUUCUUCGUUCGUAUUUUCGAGUGAAGAAAAGGAUGACCCAAGGUCGCAAAGUCACUCCAGUAUUACAGCAGCCAGGGAUCCAACGCCGGAGCCUCUGCCGAGCGGAUCAAGCGGCUUUGACUGGGGCAAAGAAGGCUACAAUCUGUCGGAACAGGUCGACGGGAUGGGCAUCAUCGCAGUUGACACAGAGGGCGUCGGCUAUUUAGGUAAGGACACGGUCAUUGAAGUCACAAAUCGCCAAACUGAUGAGGCCGUUACAGGGAAACUCACAAAUGUCGCACUAUUCCGUAUGUUGCACAAGAGCGGCCAGCUUUCGAGGCACGUCCCGGUGUCGGCAUCCCAUCCACAAUUGGCAAGGGACUGUUCAAAUGAGAUCCCCUGGGAAGAACUGGAGAAACCCUCGUUUCCGGGUGGGUUGUCCGACCUUCUCAUGGAUGGCUACUUUCACCACUUCCACACGGCGUAUCCCAUACUUCAUGAGGCAACCUUUCGUGCGCAAUACGCUGAGGUUCUUCCAAGACCCCCUGAGGAGGCCUGGUCUUUACUUAUAAGAACCGUGUUUGCCAUUGGUGCCUGGUGUACAGGGUGCAGAAUCUCGACUGGGCGUGGCAGUGGAACUUCGGAUUGUCUUGACCUCUUCCAGAGCAUAGAUCUCCUAAGAUCCGGUUCUAUCCACAUGGUUCAAGCCUUGACGUUGCUGGGUUGCUAUCUGCAUAAGCAGAAUAAACCGAACACGACCUCCAUAUACCUUGCCGCCGCGGUCAAGAUGGGCAUGAGUCUGGGACUCCAUCGCGAGUUUCCGGACUGGAACAUCUCAUUGCUGGAUCGUGAGAUGCGGCGAAGAGUCUGGUGGUGUCUCUUCGUCCUGGACAGCGGCCAGUCUAUUGCCAUGGGUAGGCCAAUUCCCCUGCCGCAUGCUGGUGCAAUGGACGUAAAGCCACCCUUGAACAUCCCAGAACAGGCGCUAUCUACAAGAACAAUCGUACUCUCCGAAGAGUUUCCAGGACUCACAAUAUACUCCAAUCUGCUGGCUCAAGUCCAAUUCCAUUUGAUGAUUAACAACACGUACAAUCGCUACGUCAACAACCCGGAGGUACCAGUCAAGGAGCUUCUCACUUUCGACUCCAAGGUCACCACUUGGGCACAGGCUCUACCACCGCAUCUGCAGGAGGCGAUUCCUCCUCAGACGGCCUUCUCGUGGUUGAAGUUUGCCCCCUACCACCUUUUCUGGAGGAUCAGGUGCUUGAAGAUUGUGUUGUUCUUUCCUAUCCUCCUCAAACUGGCUCGAAGACACACAGAAACAACUGUGGAACUACCGGAUGCCGAUCACCAGCAAGCAAUUCGUGUGUUUAUAGAUCACGCACAUGCGAGCAUCACUUCCAUCCACAACUUUUUCACGAUGGAGCCCUCCAACCCCCUGAGAGAUUGGUACGCACAAUAUUGUCUGAUUCAAGGUGCUUUGGUCUCGAUACUUGCUCUCCAGACAAACCUCGAUUCCUUGAAGGACUACAGGGCAACGUUGCUCUCCGAUAUUGAGGUAAUCAAAGUUUUGCUCGAGGGUCUGACGAACCAGCAUCCACGUGCGACGACAAUGCUGGACAUUAUCAACCAGGUCUUGAUGGGGCACUCACCGAACAACCAGGGGGAGACUGGUACAACAUUCGAUAGCGAGGCAUUCCGGCAUGUGUGGAGGGGACCUCUAGAAAAUCAAAUGGAUCCAUGGCUGCAAGAUUUCUGGCCGGAGACGUCCUGGGAUCUUGUAUCAUGA